UACCGUCUCUCUUCAAAUGGAGUCCCGCUCUUUAAACGCUGUGUCUCUUUCCACCGUCAUUCUUCCGUCACGACGCGGCCUUCCCCAUUCUCCGCUUCUCCGCCGCCGUCCCCUAACCCUCUCCCGCGGUUAGGCUUGGUGUUAGGAUUAGGGUUUUGACGAAAUGCUCCUCUCCGGCCUCCUCCUCCCCCUUCCUCUCCAAACCCCCAACCCUUCCCUUCCCCCUAUCUCCACCGCCUCCCUCAGGCCCCGCGCCUCCACGAUCCGCCGCGCCGGUGGCGGCGGAAGCGGUGCCGUCCCCCGCCUUGCCCUCCGCCGCCGGUUGGAAGUCCGGGCCCUGGACGCCGCCCAGCCGUUCGACCACGAGUCUCGGGCCUCCGACCUCCUCGAACGCCGCUCCAAGCUCAAGAUCGCCAUUAUCGGCUUCGGCAACUUCGGGCAGUUCCUCGCCCACACUUUCGCUCGCCAGGGCCACGCCCUCCUCGCCCACUCCCGCUCCGACUACUCCGACGCCGCCCGCUCCCUCGGCGUCUCCUUCUUCCGCGAUGCCCACGACCUCUGCGAGGAGCACCCCGAUGUUGUCCUCCUCGCCACCUCCAUCCUCUCCACUGGCGCGGUCCUCCGCUCCCUCCCCAUCCAGCGCCUCCGCCGCAAUACCCUCUUCGUCGAUGUUCUCUCCGUCAAAGAAUUCCCCAAGAACCUCUUUCUCCAGCUUCUCCCGCCAGGUUUCGACAUUCUCUGUACUCACCCCAUGUUCGGCCCUGAAAGCGGCAAGGCCAGCUGGGCCGGCCUGCCGUUCGUGUACGACAAGGUCCGGAUUGGCGAUGCUAAUGGCCGUGCCGACCGCUGCCAGCGAUUCCUUGACAUCUUCGAGCGUGAAGGCUGCCGGAUGGUGGAGAUGUCCUGCACUGACCAUGAUGAGAAUGCUGCUGAAAUACAGUUCUUGACUCACACUGUGGGUAGGAUUCUCGCGAAGCUGGACCUCAAGUCGACACCAAUUAACACUAAGGGGUAUGAGACGCUGCUCAAUCUGGUGGAGAACACUUGUAGUGAUAGUUUUGAGCUGUACAAUGGGUUGUUCAUGUACAACAAAAAUUCCACGGAGCUACUUGAUAGAUUGGAUGUCGCAUUCGAUUCGUUGAAGAAGGAGCUGUUUGGGAAUUUGCAUGAUAUACUCAGGAAGCAGCUGUUCAAGAGCACUCAGAGUUCUUUAGAAAGGGCUAAUAAUUGAAGUAGAAGCGUCUAUUAUUGUGCCAGCAAUAUAUGUUCACCAAACUAUUCAUUAGCUGUGAUAUAAUUUUUCAUCGAGGAGAUGUCAUGGAUUCUUGAUGGUUGAAAAGCUUAGAAACUGAACUGGUGACCAGAAGAGUGCAAGGUAUCAUUGUGCUCUGGCUAGGGAUCUUAUGAUAGCUAAUUGCAAUCCUAUGAUGGCAACUUUCUGCACUGAGGUAGUAAAUACUAUUUUAACAGAAAUGUAAAUACUUACCAUGUUACAGUUUUUGGUGAUACAAGACCUUUAGAAUUCAAGCAUCCAUUAUUUUGAAUUAGUGAGAAAUGAUUUGGGGACAAGAACUCCUAAGCAAAUGGCUUAGCUUGGAUUGCAACCAGUAUCAAAGUAUUACCUCAUAUAGCGGAUACUGAUCAAUGGAAAGGCCUGUGUAUAGUUUUAUAUACCACUAUUUCUUGAAAAUUGUAAUCAUUAUUAAUAUCA